AUGACUUUUAGACUGAAAACAGGUUUUAAUCAAUGUUCAGAGGCUGGCAUGAGAGGUACUGGUCUGUGUGCUGCCAUUGAGACAAGAAACUUUGGAAUCACCAAGUUUUUGCUGGAUGCAGGUUGUGAUAUUAAUGCACAAGACUUUGAUGGGGAACCACCCUUACUUCUGGCCAUACGUAAACAGUCGCCAGGACAAAUAUGUGGAAAGCCGGCAUGCCUUGAUAUAGUAAAGUUGCUGGUUAAUCACCCCAAAUGUAAUCUGAAUAAAGUUGAUCCACUUACAAAGAAAAGUGCACUACAUUUUGCAACUGAGCAAGACAUGGCACAGGUUGUAGGAUGGUUGAUUACUAGCAAGUCAGAGACAGAGUGUAAUAUCAAUCAAGUGGAUGCUAACGGCAAUUCUCCACUCCAUCUUGCUGUGUUGGAGGGUUUGACCGAUGUUGUGGAAGUGUUAGUUAAUUGUCCAAAUUGUUGGGUAAAGGUCUAUAACAAAGCUGGUUUAACACCGCUACAUAUCUGUGCUCGGAAUGGAGAUUCAAUUAACAUGCAGCGUCUUUUGAGAAGAGUUAGUGGUUUAAGUGAGAUGAGUAAAUUGCGGAAAGAACUUGAACCGGAGUUAUAUAUAGAAUCUGAACUUGAUCUGAAUUUAAAUGCCAUUACUGUGUAUGAAAAAGAAACAUGUUUACAUAUUGCUUCUAGACUAGGACAUAAAAAUGUGGUCGAAUUAUUGUUAAAUCAUGGGGCAAAAGUUGAUUUAAGGGAUAAUUUAAACAAUACCCCAUUAUUGGUAACUUUAUCAUCUACUCCCCAUUGGCAAACAAAGGAAAACAGCAUUCCGAAAAUGCUCCUCAAAAAAGGGGCAAACCCAAAUGUUAAAUCAGGAAAUCUGAGGUGCCGAUAUGUUGAACACAAUCAUGAGGUCACACCAUUGAUCUUGGCAGCAAAAAACAAUAAUUUAGAACUUGCAAAGAUUCUAAUCAGCAGUGGAGCAGACGUGAAUCAGACGGACAAUAUGGGUCAAAGCUCACUGUAUAUUGCAUUAUGGGAAGAAGCAUUACCUGUUGCAAACUUUCUGUUACGAGAAUGUCCAAAUGUGAAUAUAAAUAUGCAAACAGACGAGGGCAAUAGCUGUUUACAUGCUCUUGUCAAGUGUAGAAAAAAUUCAAAUGCAAAUACCAUCCGUCAAAUUGUUAAAACCAUCUUUCAAGCUGGUGGCCAAAUAUAUGCUAACAAGAACAACAAAACUGUGCUUGACAAAGCUUUUGAAUAUGAAGACCAUGUUCUGUUUGAUGCUGUCUUAGGAGAACUGGGCUGUAACAUUGAAGAUGUAGAAGUGUUAGGUGGUAACGGUGUUCCUGAUGAUGUGCCAAAAGUUCAAAGAUGGAUUCAUAAGGCUGUUUCAGAAGGCAUGGUAGAUAUGUUGAGAGUUCUUCUCAGUCAUGGAGCUGAUAUUGAUGCUACCUACUUUGAUUACGAUUCCAGACAAAGUUUAUCUAAUUUAUAUAUAGCUUUGUACAACACAGAAUACGCAACGGCAGAAUAUUUGGUGAAGAAUGGUAUAGAUUUAACAAAUGAAAACUACAUAUUUGUGGAAUCUGAAAAGAAAGAUGCUGAAGCUAUCAAUAGAGAUUUGAAUGCUGAAAACAGUGAUGAUGAAAGUGGAAGUGAUGAUGAUGAUGAAAGUGGAAGUGAUGAUGAUGAUUCAUUUGCCUCUGCAGAAGGUGAUAUAUUCCAUGGAAAUGAGGAUUUCAGAAAGUGGUUACGGGAAAUUGCAUGCACUCCUCGAUCUCUUAAACUUUCAUGUUUCGUGAUGAUUCGGAAAUUCUUCAUAAAUUACAAAAUUCCUUUCAGUAAGAUGCAAAGCCUGAAACUGCCUCUCAAAAUCACCAGUGAACUACGUUACAAAUCUUAAAUAACCAGUCAACUAUGUAAACUCUGAAAAACUAAUGUUUUGAAGCUAGUCAAGCUACCUGCUCCAGAGAAAAUUAAAAAAAAAUCAAGCAUGACAUUGAUUGUGCAUGUACAUCUCUGUACCUUAUAUCACAAGGAGGAAUUAGUGGACCAGUUUUAAAUGUAUGUAUAAAUAUCGAUUAGCAGUUUUGAUUUUUGUACCCUAGCAAACAAGUUUAUUGAGGCAAAUUAUUGUGUUGAAAAUCAUUUUACUUAAAAUCCAUGUGGUAAGUUAAAGCUGCAGCUGAGAAUAAUCUAGCUGAAUUCUUAGUAAAUUUUGUUUUGAUUUUUUCACUUAUUAACUUUAUUUCUAUUUCCUGAAAUAUUUUCCUUUUUUUUUUUCAAAUAUGUUUCAAGUUUAUUUAUAACAAAGACUGAUACUACUUCAAAAUUAAUACGCAAAAACUCUGAUACAGCAAGCUCAGUUUGCUAUAUAUGGUUGUAGAUACUGACUUCUUCAUUUUAUGUAGGGUUGAAUCAUUUACUGUUUGACAAUUCUGUUAGGUCAUACUUUUUAUUUAAAGUAUAAACAAUAUUCCAUUGUAAAAUUGCAGAUUUACCUUUCAUUAGUUCUAAAUGUGUUUUCAAGUGAGUACUCCAAUCAGAAAGGCUGAAUAAGAAUUGUAUUACAAUACAUCUCUGUUUAUUUUUCUUUACCCUGAAAGCAUACAGUAUUAUUCUUAUAACACUUUAACUUUUAUACCGGGACUAAUCUGCCUGUUUUGUUAAACAUUAAAUAAUGACAAUUAUACAUCUCACCUAAGAAAUGCUUUAAAUGCUAAAAAUUUAUUAAGUUAAAUAAAAUAGUAAAGUUUUCACGAGGUAAGACAUGUUUUAGGUACUAGUUGUUCUGUUCGUCUUACUUUUUUACUGAUCUGUUAGCAUCUCUUUAGUUUUUAAUGUAUGUGUAUCUUCGGAAAUAAAAAGAAUUACUUUGACUUUUAUGAAUAAUACAUCUGAAACAUGUCUUUAUAACAAACAUCCAUUUUUCUAUAUAAAUUGCUGCUUUCGGACUUUAAAAAUGAGUUUUCGCUGUGACUGAGUUUGUUGCAUCCAUAGACUUUUAAAUGAAGUAUGGGAAGCAGGCAUUCAGGGAAUGAAAAUUUUUCUUUAUAUCCGAGUUUUUGCUAUAUCUGAGUUAGCUGUAUUAGAAUUUUUCUGUAAUCUGAAUCAAGAAGUAGCAUUUUUUUUUAAUCUUGCACUUGAUAAAAUUCUAAUAAAUGAAUAAUAUUUAUGCUUCUUUUCAAGUUCAUGGUGAUAUUAAAGCAUGACUUCACAGAUUUAAACAGAUUCUGCAAAAUUUCUGACAUAGAAUCUUGGUGAAAAAUGAAAACAAAUCUGAUACCAAGGUACCAGCUGAAACUGAAGACCCAUCUAAGAAUUCUGCAUUGACAUUGGGCAGUUUCAAGAUUUCUCUCAGAAACAACCAAUCAAAUGCUGGAAUUUUCAGACUGAUCUCCAGAUUGUUUAAUACCUUUAAAUCCAGAUAACGAAUUUUGAGAAUUGCACACUUGGACUUCUAGGAAAGCUUUUGAGCCCAACAUGCUUAUAUUUGUUUUUGUUAUUUGCUAUUUUUGAUACCAUCAGUAAAAUAUGAUAGUGAUAACAUUUUUUCAUGAAUAUAGAUGUAUUUGUAAGUCUGCAAAGACUUUUUAGUGACAGACCCAACAGAACAUAGCUAUGUGAUUGUUUGGUUGGGAAAAUGCACAUGCAUGGUCAACUGUUUUCUUUUUUCAUUGUGUCAGGUUUUAUGGCUAAUAUGCACAAUGCUUUUGUAUUGCAUUUUAAAAUUUAAAAACAACUUUAGAUAGUGUCACAGUCUGUUUUCACAAUGGGUUUAUGUGCCCUGCAUUUAAUAAAUUGCAUUUUAGAAGAUAUAUCUGAGAAACAUUCUACUUAGGUUUGAUAAAGCCAGCUUCCUAUAUGAGCAAUUGAGACUCUCUCAAAUAUUAAUAGAAUUUUUAAUGCAUUCCAACAUCAGAUACAGUUGUAAAGAGAUUUUAAUAUGAAAAACAUAAAAUAUUUUCAUGGAAAAUAAUAUGCAUUUUUAUGAUACAUACCAUAAGUACAGUAAAAAAAACAACAACAUUGUUUGAAGUAAGGAAUGAACAAGAUGCUCAUGUUAUCUAGAGUUUCGAAUGAUCCAAACAUAGAAAAUAUAAGGAAAACAGCUGGGACAACAUGAAUUGCUAAAGUAAAGUAAGCUCUGAUACUUGAGUCAUCAAAGCUCGAACGAGCGGUGCUUCAUUGUUGCUAUUUAUUGCUAGUUCUCUUUUUUGACAUUUAUUUGUUAUUUAAUGUAAUCUGUUAAAAAUGUUUUAAUGUAUUGUUGUCAUUCAGUCUGUUGUAGAAAGUUUGGUUUCUGAUCAGUAACUAAAGAAUUCUUAGGCCUACAGUGGACAAACUUGCAUGUGGACAGUAGAUGACCUCUAUCGUUUUAGAAGUCAGUAGGUCAAAGGUCAGGGUCACCAUGAACUUGAGACUGAAAACAGUUUCUGCCUAAUGACUAAAGAACACCUUCAUUCAUCAAAGUUCAAAGGAUUUUUACCUGAGGCUGGUAGAUGAUCAAGAUUGUUUUAGGGGUCAGUAGGUCAAAGGUCAGGGUCACCAUGAACUUGAGACUAAAAAACGUU